AUGGAAGUAAUAGAACAAGUAGUUAGAGACACAGAGGAGCUAAUUAACCGCAAAGUAUUAGCGGUCUACUUAAGAGGAUCACGAAUGCGUGGCUUAAAUGACGAUGGAUCAGACUAUGAUUUAACUGUUAUAACAAACCCAAUGAAGAGAGAACUUUUAACUAAUGUGAUAUUUAGUGAGAAGUUGAGAUUACCGCAGUACAAUGUUGAGGGGAAUAUUACGACAACUGCACAUUUAUUUAAAAUGCUUUUAAAAGGAUCUCCUAUUGCUUUAGAGACAAUCCAUGCCCAACCCAUUUAUAUUGACAAAAGCUACAAGAUUUUAGCUUCAUUCUUAUAUGAAAGCAGGAAAAUAAUACUCCAAUCUCGCGCUAGGAGCUAUUUAUUAAGCAACAUUAGAAUGUGUAAAAUGAAUCUUAAUCGGACGGUGAAACAAAGUGAUCCAAAAAAGAUAAGAAAAAGCUUGAUCUAUGCAAAAAUGGUUCUUCUUCAGUGCGACAGUGUGUCAAGUGGGGACAGCUUGGACUUUGGAGUACCCUUUAAUAUUGAGUUGAGAGAUUACUUGUGUGGAAUGAAAGAAAAGAGUACAUUGAAGGACUAUGAAAUGUGUUUAGAAGAAAUGAAUGAAAAAGAGGUUCUUUAUACUAGUGAUUCAUAUCAGGAUAAUAAAUCAUUGUCUAUAUUUGAUGACUUGGAAAGCAAGAUAUUUGAUGUGCUCUUUUUUGACCGACAGUUAGAGAAUGUUUGA